CACUGCGGGACAACCGUAUCGAGCUGGUGCGGUCAUCCUGGCACGAGCUGAGCAUCAACAUCAGCGACAUCACCCUGUCGGAUGAAGGCCAGUACACCUGCUCCCUUUUCACCAUGCCGGUCAAGACAGCCAAAGCCUUCCUCACCGUGCUGGCUGUCCCCCAGACCCCGGUGAUCAGCGGCUUCAAGGGGCCGGUGAACGAGGGCGAUGCCGUGGAGCUGACCUGCACCACGACCGGGAGCAAGCCGGCCGCUCACCUGCGCUGGUAUAAGGGCGACGCCGAGAUUCACGACGUGCCGCUGAGCCAGGAGCCGGAGCUCCGUGGGAAGACAUACACGGUGCGCAGCACACUGCGGCUGCAGGUGCAUCGCGACGAUGAUGGUGUGGGCGUCCGCUGCAGCGUCGACCACGAGUCCCUGCGUGCAGCGCCGCAUGUAGCAACGCAGCGCCUCGACAUCCAGUACAUACCGUCGGUGAGGAUUGCCCUGUCCAGGGACUUUGCCCGAGAGGGGGACGAGCUACGUAUGGAUUGCCAGGCAACCGGGAACCCCGUGCCGGAGGCGGUGAAGUGGAAGAAGGACGGCGCGGAGUUGCCGGACCCCGAGCGCAUGGUGGUGGACGGCAACGUGCUGGUCAUCAGCGCCCUGAACAAGACGGACAACGGCACGUACCACUGCGAGGCCGCCAACACCAUGGGCCACGACAGCGCCGAAUACAAACUCUAUGUGUACGAUGCCCCCAUGGCCCUGCCACCCAUGGCCAGGCCCCUGCCCUCCCUCGCCACCAGGGCGAUCCCCGUCACCAUAGCUGCAGCCGCCGCCGCUGGCUCCACCGCCCGAGCCUCGCCCACGCCCAGCGCCCCGAGCAGGGGCCAAGAUCUCAGCGCUCUCGCUGGUCAGUCUGGGCCCGACCACGCGGUGAUUGGGGGUGUGGUGGCCGUGGUCGUCUUCAUCACCCUGUGUCUGAUAAUCGUACUGGGCCGAUACCUGGCCCGGCAUAAAGGGACGUACCUGACCAACGAGGCGAAGGGAGCGGAGGACGCGCCGGAUGCCGACACGGCCAUCAUCAACGCCGAGGGCAGCCAGGCCAACGCUGAGGAGAAGAAGGAGUACUUCAUCUGAUCAACAUCUGGCCAACAUCUGCCCCAAUAAUGCCCCACAUCUGCCCAACAAUAAUGUCCCACAUCUGCCCACAACUCCUGUCCCCAACAUCUGUCCCAUAUCUGCCCCUUUCCCAAACAUCUGCCCAAGAUCCACAACAUCUGUCCCCAACAUCUGCCCCAUUUCUGCCCAACAUCUGCCCCAAGAUCCGCAACAUCUGUCCCAAACAUCUACCCCAAGAUCCGCAACAUCUGUCCCAAACAUCUGCCCCAAGAUCCACAUCUGUCCCCAACAUCUACCCCAAGAUCCACAUCUGUCCCCAACAUCUGCGCCACAUCUGCCCCAAGUUCUACAACAUCUGUCUAACCCAACCACUGCCCACAACAUCUUGACAAAAACAUUCCAGCAAUGAUGGCUCCACCAACCGCCCGCCCGACAACUUGUCCAGCGCCCCCCCCCCCAUCCCCCCCCGCGACACUUCCUCCCCGCGCCCCCCACCCCCUUCCAUCUGUUUCUUCCCCCCUCCCCUUCUGCAUCUGUCCAUCCAUCCCGGUGGCCCCCACACCCACAGUCAGCACCGCAGUUCACUUGGGGGGGGGGGGG